UUCUGAUUGAGAGAGAGAAGAAGUAGAGAGCGAUCAGUGAUUGAGUGGAAAAGCUGAGAAGAGAAGAUGACGGAGGCAGUGGUAAGGAAUAAGCCAGGAAUGGCGAGCGUGAAGGAUAUGCCUCUCCUCCAGGACGGACCCCCGCCUGGCGGUUUUCCACCAGUCCGCUACGCUCGCCGCAUUCCCAAUACAGGCCCCAGCGCUGUUGCCAUCUUCAUGACAACCCUCGGUGCUUUCUGCUGGGGCAUGUAUGAGGUUGGCAAAGGCAACAAGAUCAGGAGGGCGAUCAAGGAAGAAAAAUAUGCUGCUCGUCGCGCUAUACUGCCCAUGCUUCAAGCAGAAGAGGAUGAACGAUUUGUUAAGGAGUGGAGAAAAUAUCUAGAGGAGGAAGCCCGGAUAAUGAAGGAUGUGCCUGGUUGGAAAGUUGGUGAAAGCGUCUACAAUUCUGGGAGAUGGAUGCCCCCUGCAACUGGCGAGCUCCGACCUGAUGUCUGGUGAGAAGUGGCAUGUUAAGUCUUUGCUUCUCCCAUCAGAGAAAACUUUGUGUAUGGUGUGUGGAUAAGUCAUUUAACUGUUGACAAUUGAAUCUUGCUCUUUCACAGCAAGUUCCUUGCAUUUUAUUAUUGGUCUUCUCUCCUGUUUGGGGAACUGAAAUCUCUUGGAAUGAUAAUAAAAUAUUGGGACAGUUUCAAUGUUU